AUGUCCGGCAAUGGAGCGUGCCGGCGGGUUGAAGGUCAAGGACGAGAGCGCAAGUUAGGGCUCAUUGAAACUCUCACACACUACUUUACUCUUUUAGGCACUCACAGGAAUUCUCGUCCGUUGACGCCGAGUCUUCGAGCCUUCCAUGAGGGGACGUCCGGCGACGGAGCGUGCUUGCGGGAUGAAGGCCAUGCUGCUGGGCUUGUCAAUCAUUGUGGACUGCCAACUGGUUGUUUAACUGAUCAUGAGGAGAAAAAUUCUCCUCAAAACUAUCAACUUGUUUGUAUUGGUUCACGCCCUUCUGAACCUGAAAGCGGUUUUUCUAAUGACUUACUAGCUGUAGAUGGCUGUCCUCGAAGCAAGGAAAACAGUUCUCCAGAAAAGGAUGAGAAAGUGUUGCUUCUAGUGGAUAUGGGCUACCCAGCUGAGGUGGCUUCGAAAGCCAUUGACAUAUGUGGCGUAGAAGUCCCAGUGACAGAAUUGACAGAUUUUAUUUUUGCUACGCAAAUGUCGAAGGAAGCUGAAACGUAUCUUGGAGAAUUGCCCUGUGAAGAUGAGCCAAAGAAAGAUCACUCCGCGAAAAACAAGAGAAAAUAUCACAAAUGCGGAAGACAUGAGAGCAGAGAGCGCCGGGGCCGUGAGAAGAAGCGAGUACAGGAUGAAGACAUAGUUCAUCAUCUCCCAAAUCCAAUGGUAGGCUUCGGUAUUCCUGGUGAGCCCUGGCCUGCAGUCUCGAGAAAACUCCCAGAUGCUGCCACUGGUCCUCCAUAUUUUUAUUUCGAAGUACUGACUCACAGAAGACUAUGGAGCAAAGUGUCGCAGAUUUUUUUUGACAUUGGGCCAGAAUUUGUGGACUCCAAGUACUUCUGUGCAGCUGCAAGAAGAAGAGGUUAUGUUCAUAACCUUCCAAUCCAGAACAGAUGCCCUCUCCUGCCGCAACCGGCGCGCACCAUACAGGAAGCGCUGCCGGUAACCAAAACCUGGUGGCCUUCAUGGGACCCAAGAACACAGCUGAACAGCUUCCAGACAUGCGCCAGGGGUGGCAAACUCACCGACAGGAUACGGCGGGCGCUUGAGAAGUAUGAUGGCACUGAUCCUCCCACCCAUGUCCAAAAUCACGUGCUUAAUCAAUGUGAGAACUGGAACUUGGUUUGGAUCGGACGGAAUAAGGCUGCUCCCCUAGAACCAUACGAAGUGGAGGUGUUGCUAGGAUUCCCAGAAGACUACACCAGGGGUGGUGGCAUCUGUGUGACUGACAGAUACAAAUGCCUUGCCAACUCUUUUCAGGUUGACACAGUUGCUUAUCAUCUUUCAGUGUUGAAGUACAUUUUCCCUUGUGGGAUCAAUCUGUUUUCGCUUUUUCCUGGGAUCGGCGGGGCUGAAAAUGCGUUACACCGGCUUGGGGUUCUCUUGAAGAAUGUGGUAGUAGUUGAAACUUCGAAGACUAGCAGACUCGUUUUCCGCAGCUGGUGGGAACAAACGAAUCAGAAGGGUAACCUGGUUGACAUAGCUGAUGUGCAGGAAGUGACAUCUGCUAAGCUGGAGCAGUUGAUCACUUCGUUUGGCAGAUUUGAUCUUGUCAUUGGGGGGAGUCCAUGCGACGUCCUUGCAAGCAACAGCAACAGGCCGGCGAGCGAGAAUGGGGACGAGGGGGAGCACUCUACUAUAUUCUUUGAUUACUUUCGAAUUUUACGCCUAGCAAAGUCCAUGCUGAGGAAAAUUACAUAA